GGAUUUUGUCAUCAGCCCAAGAUACUAAGGGCUUAAAAGAAAAACAGGUCUGGUGCUUUAAAAGGAACCCUCUAAUAAAUUCUGCUCAAAGACCGUGAAAGUCCAGGUCAUCUACACCUUAUCCCCGAGAUAUCAACAUUACAACCCGCCAUUAUUGAAACCCUCAACCAGAUAUCACAGCUGUCAAAAUGACUUCCCUAACCCCUAGCAUCCCACUGAACAACGGAACCUCAAUCCCUAUUCUCGCCUACGGCACCGCGCACGGCCGCAAAAAGCCCAGUCGCACAUCCUUCAGCCGCGAAAUAGUCGAGACAUUCAAAUUGGCCAUCCAACUAGGCUACCGGCACUUCGACUGCGCAGAAGGCUACGGCACCGAGCCCGAGCUCGGGGCCGCGAUCAAGGAAAGCGGGGUGUCGCGAUCAGAGUUCUUCAUCACCACCAAGAUUGGCGAGAGCAUCGCCGACGUCCCCGGCGGGCUGGACCGCAGCCUGGAGCGGCUGCAGCUAGACUACGUCGAUCUAUACCUGAUCCACAAGCCGUUUUUCGCGCGAGAUGAUGAGGAGUUGCAGAAGGCGUGGGCGGGGUUGGAGGAGGUGUACAGAGCGGGGAAGACGAAGGCGAUCGGGGUGUCGAAUUACGAAACCAAUCAUCUAGAGGCUACACUGAAGACGGCGACCAUGACGCCGGUGAUUAACCAGGUGGAGUUUCAUCCGUACGCUCAGCAUGUGGAGCUGGUGGGAUACUUGAGGGAGAAGGGUAUUCGGGUGACGAGUUAUAGUGCCUUGACGCCGAUCACGAGGGCUCCGGGGGGGCCGGUGGAUGGGCUGGUGGGGGAGCUGGCGCGGAAGUACGGGGUGAGUGAGAGCGAGGUUUUGUUGCGGUGGGCGGUACAGCGCGGGGAUGUGGUGGUCACGACGAGUAGCAGUGAGGAGAGACUUAGAGGGUAUCAGAGGGUGUUCGAUUUGGAGCUUACUACGGAGGAGGUGGAGUUGCUGGCUGAACAGGGGUUGGAGAAGAAGGAUUGGGUGAGGAGGAGGUGAGGGGGUUGUUUGAGGGGUGGGUGGACAAUAUCACUUUGGAAAGGGCUCGGGUUUCUGAUAUUUUCGCUCAAGUAGACAAUUUCGCUACUGUUUCUUGACCUUGGUCGGCGGAUUUGGGUUGCAGAUAUCAGUUCAAGGCAAGUUCAGGAUGCACAGCUAUCUUUCCUCUCUAGGACUAUCGCUUGAGUAUAAGAAGGAACACAUUUAGAAGGCAUUGAACAUACAAGCAAGAAUCAAUUGGAACUGUACUGAGCCCUGAUUUUGUUGACAGGAUGUACCAUCCAGCGCCCGAAAUA